AACUAAUACAACUCCAGCUACGGCGUCUCCGUUUGGACAAAAAGUAUCGUUUCAAGUCCAUCAAUGACGAUGGGGGACGCGAUUUUUGAAGAAUUAGAAGAUUUGAUGCAUUUUUCUGUCGCCGAUUUACCCGCUCGUGGAUAUGCAGUCAUGGGGGAGAUCCGGCGACAAGGCAAACUCUGCGAUGUGACAUUAAAAGUAGGUGAGCAUAAGUUCAGUGCUCAUAGGAUCGUCCUGGCUGCGUCUAUCCCAUAUUUCCAUGCAAUGUUUACCAAUGACAUGGUGGAAUGCAAACAGGAUGAGAUCAUCAUGCAGGGCAUGGACCCCAGUGCACUUGAAGCCCUAAUAAACUUUGCCUACAAUGGACACAUAGCCAUAGACCAACAAAACGUCCAGGCUCUGCUGAUAGGAGCCAGUUUCCUGCAGCUUCAAAAUGUCAAAGAUGCCUGCUGCUCAUUUUUACAACAGAGGUUGCAUCCGAAGAACUGCCUUGGUGUGCGUCAGUUUGCAGAAACCAUGAUGUGCACGACGCUUUAUGAUGCAGCCAACAGCUUCGUUCACCAGCACUUUGUCGAAGUGUCCAUGUCGGAGGAGUUCCUUGCGCUCAGGUCGGAGGAAGUCCUUGAGCUUGUCGGCUGUGAUGAGCUAAAUGUCCAAGCAGAGGAGCAGGUCUUUGACGCUGUUCUCGCAUGGGUGAGGCAUGCACUUGACGAACGAGAGUCUCGAUUGCCCGAGUUAUUGUCUAAAACUCGGCUGCCCCUGUGCCGACCUCAGUUCCUGGCUGACCGAGUCCAACAAGAUGAGCUUGUGCGCUGCUGCCACAAGUGCAGGGACCUUGUCGAUGAGGCGAAAGAUUACCAUCUCAUGCCGGAGCGAAGACCCCACCUCCCAGCCUACAAAACACGGCAGAGAUGUUGCACAUCUAUAGCAGGCUUAAUCUAUGCAGUCGGCGGUCUCAACAGUGCUGGUGAUUCCUUAAACGUUGUGGAAGUAUACGAUCCAAUUGGAAACUGCUGGGAACGAUGCCAACCGAUGAGCACAACCCGAAGUCGAGUGGGUGUCGCCGUUGUAAACGGACUGCUUUAUGCUAUCGGCGGAUACGACGGCCAGUCGCGCCUCAGAACCGUAGAAGUUUACAACCCAGAUACUGACACGUGGACCAAAGUCGCCAGCAUGAAUACUCAACGCAGUGCAAUGGGAACAGUUGUGGUUGAUGGACACAUAUAUGUCUGUGGUGGAUAUGAUGGCAAAUCCUCUCUAAAUUCAGUCGAGUGUUAUUCUCCAGAGAAUGACAGAUGGACAGUUGUUACAGAAAUGAGCGCGAGCCGCAGCGCUGCCGGUGUUACUGUGUUUGAAGGCCGAAUAUUUGUAUCGGGUGGUCACGAUGGUCUGCAGAUAUUUAACACGGUGGAGUACUACAACCACCAUACAUCCUUGUGGCACCCUGUUGCUCCCAUGAUGAACAAGCGGUGUCGGCAUGGCGCCGCAGCUUUGGGCAGCAAUCUUUAUGUGGCUGGAGGUUACGACGGCUCUGCGUUCCUCAGUGGAGCGGAGGUAUAUAGCUCAGUAGCCGAUCAGUGGAGCCACCUAGUGGCCAUGAACACUCGGCGCAGCCGCGUUUCUCUGGUGGCCAACUGCGGUCGACUCUACGCGGUGGGAGGUUACGAUGGACAGUCUAAUCUUAGCUCUGUGGAGAUGUAUGAUCCAGAAACGAACCGCUGGACGUUUAUGGCACCGAUGGUGUGCCACGAAGGCGGGGUAGUGGGCUGUAUACCCCUACAGCCUUCUUAACGCCUCAACCCAAAAGGACAUUUCGCUUAUUUGAAAGGAAAAAGGUUUUUGUACCAUCAAAAUGCAUUUAUGAUCAUGAUGUCAUGACCUUACUUGACAUGUUUGCAUCAGGUACUAUACAGGCUUUGCCUCAAGCAGAUAUGCCAGUAUACCUUUAACGGUGAUGUCAUAAAAUCCUGUUUUUCUUCUUUUGGCAACCAAACGAAGAAUUCGCGCACAUAUUUUGCAAUGUUUUUUUUAAAUACACACAUAAUAAGACUUCCCAGAAUUGGGUUGCAUGAUUGCAAAAACACAUUUGGUGGUCAUAAAGAAUAUAACAGGAAGAAACAAAAUGUGCUUACUGGGGAAAAACUAAUUCUCAUGUUGUACUGUAGUAAGAUGACAGUGGUGUUAACAGCAUGUAAGUGUGGACGUAUAAAAGCAUCACGUUUUGGGAUAUUAUAGUGUACAUGUUAUUCCACUAAGAAAGAUAUUCUAGACAGGUAAAAGUUAACCAACGUCAUAAUUGGGAGAGUAUAAUCAAAUAAGUUUGAUUAAUACGGAAAAGUUUUUUAUAUUUAGGUUAAUUUGGGAUAUCGCUCAUAUAAUGAAUGUCGCUGUUUUGCAGGACAUUUGUCCUGUAUCUGCAAAACAUCUGCUAGAUGUGCCAUGACUUAUUUCACAUAAAAAUCAAUAUUUGAUUCACUUAGACUAUUAAAGAAAGCAUAAACACGUUACAAUAAGUUUGCAUUUGUUAACAUUAGUAAACACAUUAGCUGACACGAAUUAACAUAGUGUUUCAGUAUUAAUGUCAACACAGUUAUUCAUGUUAGUUCAUUGUGCUAAUGUCAACUUUUAAAUGUAUUAGUAAAUGCAAAAUGAACAUGAACUAACAUUUAAUAAAUGUAGUAUUGUUCAUUGUUAGUUCAUGUCAGCUAACUCAUGUUAACAAAUACAACUUUAUUGUAAAGUGAGUUUUCCUUUAGGGUUAGUUGUUUGGGAGCUCUGUAUUUCCUUUAGGUUUGGACCAAUUAUGUAACGGAUGGGUCGUGAUGUACCUGCCCUAUGUAAUGUUUUUUCUUUUUUAGGGUUUUUAAUUGUGAGAAUCAGCACACAUACCAAAAAACAGGCUUAUUGAGAUUAACAUUAACUGACAAAGUCAAUUGCAAACCCUACAGCUCAGAUACAGUCUGUGCUUUCAGGUUUACUUACUAUUGUGGCAUCAGGUCCUCUUAGAAAAAUGAUGGGUGUGGAAAAAUAUUGUUUUGUCAAAAUCAUGUGUCAUGACUGUAAGGUAUUGACUGUAUGGAAGUGUAUGCUUUUUUAGUGUUCUUUGCUUGCUUUUUAUUUUAAAUAACACAAAUCUAUAUUUGGGAUUACUGACUGUGAAUUUUUAACACGGUUUAUAUUUUCUUUACCUG